UCCAUCUAUGGCCACACAAUAUUUUGCUAAAUAUAUUACGAUAUGAGGUUUUCGACCACUCAAGUCAUAGUUACCUUUUUUUUAUAAAAUAGGUAGGCGGACAGUCAAAUUAGCCUCUCGGGUAAGUACACCACGGCCAGGUGACGCCGUAAUAAAUAUUAACUGUUCCUCACAUCGCCAAUGCUCCACCAACCUUAGGAACUAAGAUGUUAUGUCUAUUGUGCCUGUAGUUAUACUGGCUUACUCAGCCUUCGAACUCAACAAUAUUAAGUAUAAUUAUAGUAUGUUGCUAUUUAGCGGUGAAUAUCUGAUGAUUGGGUGGUACCUACCCAGACGGGCUUGCACAAAGUUCUACAACUGAGUAACGUAGUGCCCUUUCUAUGGGAUUAUUUAUAUAAAAAAUGCACUAAAUAUGUAAAAUAAUAUCUUUUUAUAAUCGAACAAAUCAUCUUACAUAGUGUUAUACACGAUCAAUUCGGUAAAUAUAUGAAUUCAUACAUAUAUAUUUCAUCUAGUAUCAUUGGUGGCAUGCAUUUUAUACAUAUAUUUAUUUUUUAUUUUAUUUAUUUAUUUAUUUUAAGGACCACUAGUAGCUACUACAUGUUCUAAUGACAAAUGUAAAACAAUUUAGUGAAAAUAGCUAACAUGUGAAGCUUUUUAAAGUAGCCACAACAAUUACAAUAUUAUAUAUCUCCAGGAACUUCAAAAAGCAAAGUAAUCAGGUAGUAAAUUGGUUAUUAAUCUGUAUAUUUCCAAUGAAAUUAUUUCUGGUACAGUUACAAUUUACGGUAUAACUUGAAGAUCAUUUUCCCUUUAGUAAUAUCCUUAUAAUAUAAAGCAUUAUAUUAAAGAAAAUAUUAAAAAAAAAAUUACAUUGUUAAGAAUGUUGCAAUUACAAUCUUUUAUUACCAGUGUUGUCGAGUUAAUUGACCCGUCUUCUCAUUAGAUACAAAUAAAAAAGCUACGCCAUAUAACUUAUUGUAUGCAUAAUGCAGUAAAUAUUUUUUUACAUAUUCAUAUCAAAAGCAAUAACCAUAAAAUUAUCCUAAAUAAAACAUUAGGAAACAGUAGUAUUAUAAUAUUGAUAAAACAAUAAUAUAUCAUUUUGUUAGAAUUGCUUUUACAGUUUUGAAUUUAAAAAAGUCCGACAUAAAUACGAUUUGUGCUACUUACAUUUGUCUCUAAUCAAUCAUGGUAUUUACCUUUUUAUUAGUUAUUUUGAAAUGUAUUACUUGUGAAGCUGCUCUAAGAAUUAUUGGAGGAAGAGACGCGCUCGAAGAUGAAUUUCCUUUUGCUAUUCGCUUAGAAACAAAGAUUGUAAAUAAUGAUGGACACAGCAAUAAUAUUGAAUAUGAACACCGCUGCACCGGUGCUGCUGUAUCUUCAAAGUGGAUCUUAUCCGCGGCUCACUGCAACAGCGACGAAGGGUAUGAAAUUGUUGCAAGAUACAAUAGCCAUUUUCCAAAAAACAUGGGUAAAAUAAGUCCUAUUCUAAAAGUUUAUAUUCAUCCGCAAUAUAACGAGCAACGAUUACAAUUGAAUCAAAACGAUAUAGCAUUAUUUCUAAGUCAAAAUAUAUUGGUUUCUCAAUACGGAAAGAUAUGUGCGGUCGAUUACAAAGCCUUAGUUGGUCAAGAAGUAAAUAUAUUAGGUUUCGGAUAUACAAAUGCAACAAGUAGUGAAAAGUCGUUACAAGUUUUAAAUGGAAUGUUGAAUAAUUGUCUCGAAAAUGAAAUAAGUUUUGACUUUUCGUUUGCGCAUAAUAUGUGUGUUGUUCCUUUAUGUGGAGUGGAAGCGUCGAUAUGUGGUGGUGAUUCUGGUGGUCCUGUGGUACAUUCGUCUGGUAUAGUUGGCGUCAAUUCAAUGGCAGUAGAUGGCUGUAAUGAAUUCACUACCAAAUUAAAAAAAACCCCAGGAACUUCAGCAAGCAUAGUAGCAAUGAUCACCCAUGAAUUAAAUUGGGUUUCUAGUGUCAUUUCAACAAAAUUAUAAUGUAAGAUACAGAUAAAUAUGAUGAUAUUAAAUUUGUUAAAUCUUUAUUUUAUUAUUAUAUUUAAUUUGAUUAAAAUUUGAUAAAAUUUUA